AUGAAUAUUAUUAUUAAUAUUUUCCUCAUAACCAUUCUCCUUGUAAGAGCAGAAUCAAUUAGCAGAAGAGAUUUUCCAGAAGGGUUUAUCUUUGGAACUGCUUCUUCAGCUCACCAGUUUGAAGGAGCUGUUGAUGAAGGAAACAAAGGAGAUAGCAUAUGGGACACUUUCUCAAGAUUACCAGGGAGAAUUCUGGAUUUCAGUAAUGCAGACAAGGCAGUGGAUCAAUAUCACCGAUUUCAGAAUGACAUAAACUUGAUGAAGGAUUUAGGAAUGGAUUCUUACAGAUUCUCCAUUUCAUGGCCUAGAAUUUUCCCAAAUGGAACAGGGGAACCAAAUACAGAGGGGAUAAAGUAUUACAACACUCUCAUUGAUGCUUUAUUGGAAAAAGGAAUCCAGCCUUAUGUAACUUUGUAUCAUUGGGAUCUUCCACAAAUGCUGGAAGAUAAAUAUGAAGGAUGGUUAAGUACACAAAUCAUAAAAGAUUUUGAGCAUUAUGCAUACACAUGCUUCCGAGCAUUUGGCGACAGAGUUAAGCACUGGAUUACCUUCAAUGAACCUCACAACUUUGCUCUCCAUGGUUACGAUUUAGGGAUUCAAGCACCGGGAAGAUGUUCCCUUCUUGGUCAUAUUCUAUGUAAGAAGGGAAAAUCGUCCACGGAACCUUACAUUGUUGCUCAUAACAUUCUCUUAUCUCAUGCUGCUGCCUACAGAAGUUACCAGCUACAUUUCAAGGAACAGCAAGGAGGUAAAAUAGGGAUAGCUCUAGAUGCUGUUUGGUAUGAACCUAUAACCGAACUUGAUGAAGACAAAGAAGCAGCUGCUAGAGCUAUGGAUUUUUCACUUGGAUGGUUCCUUGAUCCUCUUUUCUUUGGAAAAUAUCCACUCUCAAUGCAAGAGCAUGUAGCUGAGAGAUUGCCACAGAUUACUAAUGCAACCUCAAACUUGCUUGUUGGAUCAUUGGAUUUUAUAGGCAUAAACCACUAUACCUCGCUGUAUACUCGAAAUGACAGGACUCGGAUUCAUAAAUUGAUUAUGCAAGAUGCUAUAUCCGAUGCGGCUGUUAUUACAACCGCAUACAGAAGAGGAGCUGCAAUUGGAGAUAAGGCAGCGUCCAGUUGGCUGCACAUUGUUCCUUGGGGAAUCAGAAAGUUGAUGAAGCAUGUGAAAUGCAAAUAUGGGAAUGCAUCCGUGAUCAUAACCGAAAACGGAAUGGAUGAUCCAGCAGGACCCUUUAUGACCUUAGAAAAAGCAUUAAAUGAUGAUAAGAGGAUAAGAUAUCAUAGAGACUAUCUCUCAAACCUAUCUGCUGCUAUAAGGGAAGAUGAUUGCAAUGUGAAGGGUUACUUUGUAUGGUCAUUGCUUGAUAAUUGGGAGUGGAACUUGGGAUAUACAGUACGAUUUGGACUCUACUAUGUAGAUUUCAAAAACAACCUUACUAGGAUACCAAAAUCUUCUGUGAAUUGGUUCAAAAAUGUGCUCAGAUUUAAAACUGAAAAAAUUAGUGAUAUUUGA